CCUGUUCGUAUAUUACGUUCAUUUAUUGAUAAACAUUUCCAGAAGAAAGAUGACCAGCUCCAAUAGCCGAUGGCACUCUUUCAAGACGAAAAUGGACAGCCUGACUUGAGAACUUCUCUUUCCGAAGGAAAUGCGCAGAAGGUGGCGAUAUGAGGAGACGGACAAGGGAUGGAGUUGGGUAGUGGUGUUUGCGGCCUGCUUUGUCAGUUUCGUCUUGGAUGGAAUCUUUCGGUCGUCCCGCGUUCUUGAGGUGCCGUUCGUCGAAGCAUUUGGCGUCACCAAAGAAGAAGCGUCAUGGCCUGUGGACGUGUGCCUCGCAGCUCUCAGCUUGGCUGGUCCUUUCGCCGGUAUGCUGGGGCAGCACUUCGGGGUACGGCCGGUAGUUAUAGCUGGCUCUGUGAUAGGGGCCGUUGGACUCGGUCUCUGUUUCUUCUCCCUCUCGUUCAACAUCGUCAUCUGUCUCUUCGGAGUAGUAUUUGGCAUCGGCUAUGGUCUCGUAUCUACCAUAAUGCCAGUCAUCAUCAACAUUUAUUUCUUCAAACUCAGAAGCACUGCCAUGGGAAUCUCCAUUUCUGGCGCUUGCUUCGGUUCUGCCAUUCUUCCUGGCAUCAUGGAAUUUCUUAUCGACAACUACGAAAUUUCUGGUUGUCUUCUUCUAAUGGGUGGCAUGGUUCUCAACGUCGCUGUCGCAGGAACCUUAAUGCGACAGCUACCCACUCCAAAACAGAAAGUUCAAAGGGAAUGUCUCCCACUUGUUGAAAAGAGUUCCCUUUCAAUUAACUCUUAUCCUUUAGUGACACCUGAAAGAAAAAACAGUGCUUCUUUAAAUAACUUUAUUGAAUCAGAAAAAGAAUAUGAAGGAGAUCUAGAUCCGAACUCUAAUCCACAGCGAGAAUUGCAAGCAGAGCUCCUUCGAACGCUUCACAAGAGAAUUGCCCGUCAGUCAAGUACUGUAGAACCUUUUCAAGAAGAAUCAUAUGACAGUCUCGAUACGUCCUUAUCAUCUUUUUGUGGGCGAAAAGAGGAAACCCUGUACAAAGAAAGCGAUGAUCUGCUGAAAGCUCAAAAAGAGUUUGAGGAUACACUGAGUGACUUCCAGAGUGUUGUUGUGGACAUAGAAGUCACGUCCAAAAGCGAUGAUGUGUUAAAUAGAUUUGAUCCGGAUGAAGUAAAAACAUCGGAUCUAACAGAUUCGUGUCCUGCUCGUCAUAGCUUCAGCGUUUCAUCAGCGAAACGGAAGCAACUGAGUAAGUUUAAAUCGCCCAUUCCCAGCGCUGGACCUCUGAAGAAGCAUGCAUUUAUAGACUCCUCUGGAGAUAUAAGCACUUUUGAUCUGUAUACUGUCAGUGAAAACUCAAAAAAGGAGACUAGAAAAGUGUCUGACAGUCAUUCCUUGCCUGCUUCGAAGACUGACGGAAUUUCCGGAAGUGGGGAAGAUCUGAUUCAUCAUGACUUGGUGGAUUCCUUAUUUCAACGUAAUUACAACAAGCCUUUUGGUAUUGCCCGAUCUCUCAUUCUUGUUGCCACUUCUGCUGCAUUUUAUCUAACGACUGUUACAAGUGUUAGUUUCUAUUUCUUAUAUCACGUGUUUGACAAUAUCAUUGUGGAUUAUUCUGUGGAUCAUGGAAUUCUGAAAGAAGACACUAAAGACGUUCUGCUGGUCUUCACAGCCUGCGACUUGUUCGGUCGCUUGUGUUUGGGGUGGAUAACCGACAAGAGGUACCUGACACGAUCUCGUUUUGUGAUGCUUACCAUGACAGGCAUAGGAUUGAUUUUUUUCAGUCUUCCAUUUGCAACGGAUUACUGGAGUCUGAUGGUGGUGUGUGGAUGCUACGGGGUCCUUUUAGGUUGCACGAUGGUCAUGUUUCCAAUCCUCAUCGUGGAAUAUUUAGGCCUAGAAGUGCAUGCUGUAGCCUAUGGCUGUAUGUGUUUCCCUAAAGCAAUCAUUUUCAUUAAUAGACCUUUCUUAAUUGGUUACCUCUAUUCCAUCCUGGGCUCCUACGAGAACAUGUUCUUCUUCCUGGGUGCCAUAUCCAUACUGGUUUCUGUCGCCUGGUUCCUGAAGAAGUGCUUUUUGAAGAACGACCCACUCCACCCUGAAGAAAGCAGGAACGAAGAUCUGGAACAACCAUCUUAGCUCAUUCGUCUAGUAUGGACUAUUAAAUACUGAACAACUUGCCUAUCCAUCAAUAUGGUAGAGACUCUCUAAUCAAACGCAUAUGGGACACCUCUUGGAUUGUAGAGGAACAUAUAAACAUCGCUGAAUUGUGCAAUAAUAUAUUUUUUCUAUGUGUGGGACAUAUGUAGGCCAACAAUAAUACAUUUUCUCCUCACCGUAAUGGACGAUUAUAAAUGAAUAUCCCAAUUUUGCUAGGCUAUUAAAAGAAAACAAAACAAAGUGUAGUCUUGUUGUUCAUCAGAAAUUGCAAAUAACAGUUGAAAUUUUAAAUUUUAGACAGUUAUAAGGGUUCAUCAUAAGCACUUUCAAAAAUAAAUUUUUUUCAGCAUAUUUGAUGUGACGUUUUGAAAGCCUUUUAACAGAAAAAAUAUCAUGUGUCGGCAUACACACAUAUUUGCAUCUUUUCAAAGCUUUAUACCAGGCAUGCAAAAAAAAUUGUGGGAUAAAUUAUCGAUAUCUUUCGUAUUUCUGGCAGGGUUAACAUUGAACACAUAUAGCUGUUUUGUAUUUCAAUUUCAAUUGCUAUUUUUGAGUUCUGAUGGAAAACAAGACUGUACUGCUCAUUCACGGAAUUGAAAACCGUCCGUACUCUUGCGCAUGCGUCAAGACAUGUUUAUUUAGUUAAAAUAGGGGUGAGAGAAAAGAUAAAAGGAGAAGUUUACAUUUAAAAUAAAGUGAGUGCGAAUUAUUCAUGAACUUAGGACGGAAAAAACUCGCACUAUUAUAGAAAAAAAAUUCUAAAUCACAAUAAAAUAAUUUAGAAUUUUUUUUAAUUUAAACUAACAUUAUCAUAACAUUUUGAAAUUAAAAACGGUUGAUAAUCUCGGUCACAUUUAAUGAUAUUAUAUAAAAUUUUCUUUGUGCCACUUCUGAAAGCUUUUUUUGUCUUGAACUACCCAUAUAAACAAUUAAUACACAAUUUUGUGUUAAAAUAGUACGAUCAGAAACGACACGACAUUCACAUACACGUGGGGG